AAAAACUAUGGUUUAAAACUAAAUCCGACCUGCUGCUACUCAAAUCAACUCAACUUAACAUAAAAUAAACGCGCAGCCCUAAUAUCCGCGCACCUUUACUAUUUUAUAAACAUUAAUAGUAAUUCAUCGGGUAGGGGUCCUUUAAACUAAACAUGGGGGCGUAUAAAUAUAUGCAAGAGAUCUGGAGAAAGAAACAGUCUGAUGUAUUGAAGUUUUUAUUGAGAACAAGGUGCUGGUACUUCCGACAACUGAAUGCUGUACAUAGAGCUCCAAGACCAACGAGGCCAGAUAAGGCUAGAAGAUUAGGAUACCGAGCAAAACAAGGUUAUGUUGUCUAUCGAAUUAGAAUUCGUAGAGGAGGUCGAAAGAAGCAAGUUCCCAAGGGAUGCACAUAUGGUAAACCCAAGAACCAUGGUGUUAAUCAAUUGAAACCAGUGAGGAGUCACCAAGCUGUAGCAGAGGAGCGUGUUGGUCGUAGAUGCAAAGCCCUCAGAGUUCUCAAUUCUUAUUGGGUUGCCCAGGACUCUACCUACAAAUUCUUUGAAGUAAUUAUGGCUGAUCCAGCUCACAACACUAUUCGUAACGAUCCCAAAAUUAACUGGCUGUGCAAUGCUGUUCACAAACAUCGCGAAUUGAGAGGAUUAACUUCAGCUGGCAAGAAGUCUCGUGGUCUUGGUAAAGGUUAUAAAUAUGCCAAAACUAUUGGUGGUUCUCGACGAGCUAACUGGAAGAGGCGAAACACUCUGCAGUUGCGUCGUAAACGAUAGACUUUAUGUAUUUCUUGAAAUAAAUUAUAAAUAUAUUUGCUGACCUUCA